AGACCACUUCGACAGAGGCAGAAUGCGUCGUCCAAUGCCAGAUUUGCAAUGGCUGAAGAGGUGAUCUUCAAAGGAGCUCCUGUCAUAAUCAAAGGGCUCCAAAAGGAAGAGUCUGUCCGGUACAAUGGCCAGAAGGGAACGGUUACGGCUGGUCCAUUUGACAACGGACGCUACGAGGUGACUUUACAGGGAGGAGGCUACAAGGAAGACAAGGUUCUGGCGUUAAAGCCAUCAAACUUCCAGCUGGACUUGGAUGCACUACAGGAAUAUGUGAUCAAGAAACGAAUCGAGAAAGCGAGGCGAGAUAUAGUGCUGGAGGAUCUCGCGGUGCUUUGGACCAAAGGCAAGGGUCUAUCUGCCAAGAGUUUGACAUGGAGAAGAGAGAAGGUGCCGGACUUGGACCAAGGAGAAGUUCUGCUAAAAGUGGAGAAGUUUGCCUUCAGUCACAUGGCCUUGGGAUAUUUGAUGAAAGGCUUCACCCGGACCUUCAGUGCAUAUCACAAUUUUUACAAAGCUUCCGAGGAGAACUUGUACCGAUCUGCCUGUUGGGGCUUUGCCACAGUCAUGGAGUCAACCCAUGACAAGGUUGCUGUGGGAACCAGGCUCUAUGGUCUCCUGCCAGCAGCCAGGUACCAGGUUCAGACAGUCGGUGACACCAUUCCUGGCAAAAAGGACGAGCCAUCUUGUGUCGAACUUGCCAUGGAGGGGGUGCCCUUCAACCUCCGUCGCUUUCAGGAAAUGGAGGUGGUAUCUGACUGCAUGGAACCACACUUGGAGGACUGGAUCAUUUGCACCAAGGAGAUCUACACGAUGGCCUACUACAUGGACGAACAAUUGCUGGUGGAUACAGGGAUGAUCAACUGUGUAAUCAUCUCCUGUGCAUCUGCGAAGACAGCCCUGGCCCUCGCCUUCUGCUUGCGAAUGCGAGACAUGAGGUACGUCUUCGGCCUCACCUCCAAGGAUCAUCUCGACUUUGCCCGUUCAACUGACUUGUUCCAUGAGGUGUUUUCGUAUGACAACGUGGCAUCUUUGCCGAACAACCAUACGGUAGUCUACAUGGACUUCAAAUGCGACGGGGAGCUCAGACAGCAGAUCACCUUGAGGAUGGGAACAAACUUGAUGUAUAAUAUGGUGGUUGGACCAGCUGUUUUCCAGAAGAAGAUGAAGGAUCAACUCUUUGAAAAACGAGCUAGAGAAGUCUUGUUCGAUGAGUCUUCCUGGAGGGAGCGCCGUCGGUUGGUGGCAGAGGUCACCAAGACCGGACGGAAUGAGAAGCUGAAGUACUCCUACCAGGCCUUUAUUGAGAGGAUGAAGAAGAUUAUCACAGUCAAGCACAUCAACGGGGUCGAUGGUUUUGUUGAGAUGUACGAUGCGUUGUACAGCAAUGCUUCAUCACCAGCUGAUGUGCAUGUCUGUUCCUUCCAUGCAGACGACGUGGAUGAGAUUUGGAAAGCCUAGCUAAAAAGUUUGCACGAUGGGGAUAAAGGGAUGGCCUUGGCAAGAAAGUCCAAGGGGCUACCUUGAGUUUAUUUUACCAAGCAAGAGUUUUUUAGUUCGGUAGCUAAGUGUCAGGUUCAGUUCCCCCCGCUUGGGAUAUAAGGCUUGACUCCUUCAUGGAAUUGGGCACCAGCUUGAGAAACUUUC